AUGAUUGCGUUGAUGAAGUUCUUCUAUCGCAGAGAAUACUUCUCCAAGGACGACUUCCCUAGUCCACUCGGAUUCCUCGCUGCUGUCUACCAAGUUGCGGAUAAAUACCUCGUCCCACAACUGAAGAAAGACUCCCUACAGAGAUUCAGAUCCAUGUUGAAUGAGAAUUGGGACUCCGAUGAUUUCCUCAGUGUCAUACCACUUGUUUACGAAAGCAUACCAAAGAGCGAUCGCGGACUUCGGGACCUGGUGGUUGACGCCGCUGACCCUUAUCUUGAGGAGCUUACGACCAAACAGGCCUUCUAA